AUGCUUGCGUGUUGCACACCCGAAAUCUGGUCUGGUGUCUAUGGUCGUGGAUGCUGUCAUUCCAACCGUGUCCGUGAUGCAGUUGCUAACCAGUUGACUCAGAAGUUCUCUGACAAAGAGCUACAAAUCAAUGAUCGUGAUCAGGAUGGACAAACUGCCCUGCUCUACGCUGGCAGAAAUUCUUUAGACGACGCCUUUGAUAUUAUUUUGCGUGAUUGCAAGACUGUGGACGUCGAUGUACAAGAUCCACUUACAGGAAAUACUCCCCUUCUUUGGCUCCUGCAUCGAAAUCUCCCGGAGGGACGCCCGCGUUGGGACGCGGAAUCAAAUUCUGUGAAGGUGGAUCCGUGGCCCACGUUUUUGGACGAAAAGUAUGAUCCAGAGUCCGCACGCAAUGAGAAUUUCAGACGGCUUCUCCCACACAUAGUUAUGCGCUUGCGAACACGGAAUAUGGACAUGACAGUCAGGAAUCAUAAAGG